CACCAUCCUCAACUCUCCUUAAUCUCUUGUAAUAUCACUUGUUUUUUUUUUUAAUUUUAGUUUCUGUUUUAAUCUCAAGUGUUUGCUUCAAUGGCUGAUGCUGGUGGUUCAGCCUCUGGUAGGAUGUGGUGUUCGAUUCCUGAAAGGCUCCAGCUGCACAUGGCCAUGUUGGCCUUGCAGUUUGGUUAUGCAGGGUUCCAUGUGGUCUCCCGAGCUGCCCUUAACAUGGGAAUUAGCAAACUUGUUUUCCCAGUUUAUAGGAACAUCAUUGCGUUGCUUCUGCUACUUCCCUUUGCAUAUUUUCUUGAAAAGAAGGAGAGACCAGCUAUUACUCUAAAUUUUCUUCUUCAGUUCUUCCUCCUCGCUCUUGUUGGAAUCACAGCAAAUCAAGGUUUCUACUUGCUGGGCUUAGAUAACACAUCACCAACCUUUGCAUCAGCAAUCCAAAACUCUGUCCCAGCCAUUACCUUUCUCAUGGCAGCCAUACUAAGGAUAGAGAAAGUGCGGCUAAAUCGAAAAGAUGGGAUAUCGAAGGUUAUAGGAACAGCGUUAUGUGUGGCUGGAGCAUCAGUGAUCACUCUAUACAAAGGUCCAACCAUAUACAGCCCAGCUCCCUCACUGAAUAGACCCACACCGAUGUUUGUUUCAUUGGGAGAUGCAAAGGGAAAGAACUGGACCCUUGGUUGUGUGUAUCUAAUUGGCCAUUGCUUGUCCUGGUCCGGUUGGCUGGUGUUGCAGGCACCAGUUCUGAAGAAGUACCCAGCUAGACUCUCUGUGACCUCCUACACUUGUUUCUUUGGUCUUAUUCAGUUCCUGAUCAUUGCCGCAUUUCUUGAGAGAGACCCUCAAGCUUGGAUGUUCCACUCUGGCGGAGAACUCUUCACAAUUCUCUACGCGGGUGUGGUGGCAUCAGGGAUUGCAUUCGCUGUACAGAUAUGGUGCAUCGACAGAGGUGGCCCUGUCUUCGUUGCUGUUUAUCAACCUGUUCAGACUCUUGUUGUCGCCAUUAUGGCUUCCAUUGCUUUAGGGGAAGAGUUCUACUUGGGAGGGAUCAUUGGGGCAGUGUUGAUCAUAGCGGGAUUGUACCUAGUGCUUUAUGGGAAAAGCGAAGAGAGAAAGUUUGCAGCUCAAGAAAAGGCAGCCAUUCAAUCAACUCCAGAGCACAGCAACAACAGAACACCAAGCCAUAUCAAGACAUCCCUCACUCAGCCACUCCUCCCUCCCUCAACAGAAAACGUUUGACUAGGAAACCCCUAACUUUUAACCACAGUGCUGGCUGGAGAAAAAAACAGAGAAAAGGAGAAACAAAUGGGAAGCACUACCUAUAUCAGAAAGUUUGUGUGUGCAUGGAUUUUUUUUUUUAUUUUAAUUUCAAUUUCUUUUCCUCUUUUUUUUUAGUCAAUGGCUUUCUUUAAGUAGCAGAGAGAGUUAAAAAGAAGCGUUUUUGAAAGGGGAAUGAUGAUGAACAUGAUGAUGAUUAUCACUGUCACCCCUGUGUGGCCUAUGGGGGGCCUGAAAUCACAUAUGCUUUUUAUAUGUCAAUGUUAUGGUUUGAUAUAUGCAAAUUUUAUGAAGGUAAUGCUCAAGUUCAUUAUGAUG